GCUCCAACAUCCUCCUGCUCUUCCUCUUCCUCACCCUCGUCAUGACUGACAGGAAGGCCGUCAUCAAGAACGCAGACAUGUCGGAGGACAUGCAGCAGGACGCCGUGGACUGCGCCACGCAGGCCAUGGAGAAGUACAACAUCGAGAAGGACAUUGCAGCCUACAUCAAGAAGGAAUUUGACAAGAAGUAUAACCCCACUUGGCACUGCAUCGUGGGUCGAAACUUCGGCAGCUACGUGACACACGAGACCAAACAUUUCAUCUACUUCUACUUAGGCCAAGUCGCCAUCUUGCUCUUCAAGUCGGGCUGAGACCUUUUUUUUAUCCUUUGUUCCCCUCACUUUUGGUUAUGGUUUUGCUCCUCAAAGCUAUCUGAGGCUAACGCAUCUCAUUCUCUAAUAAUAAUGACAACAUGAUGUAAUGAUGCAGCGCAGCAUGCGCGACACCUUUAGUUCGUCUACAUGGGUUUAUCACAUGUGUGAUAACCCAUGACAUGGGUUAUCAAUUGCCAGUUCAAUACAACUCGUACUUUUAAUUUUUUGUUAACCUCGCUCAAUUCCGUGGUGUUGGCCAGUUAAAAUGGUGGCCGCUGAUCGUGCAACAAGGGAAAGCUGUAGAACGUGCUAGUUUUUAUUUGAAAAGUAUUUAUGGACGUGAUUCUUACAACAAUUAGUGCUCACUUGUUUACACGAAAAAAAAAAAGUUGUAGGAACAUUUUCUUUGAACGUUGUUGACCAGUUUUCGAAGUUGUGAUGUCAAAACAAUGCCACAUCAUGGCAAUUAACAAUUACAGUGCUCCACUUUGGGUGAAUACAUUUCUCCAGGUUUCUUUGAAAUUUGAUGACGAAUGUCACAGCUAUCACAAAUAUUCAUGGUAUUGAAUCAUAGUUUCAUUCUAUUGAUUUGGGCUAUUUUUUUUAAUUUUAAAAUAAAAGUUCAGAUAUCUUCUAGCAAA